UGAAGGACUGUGGCGUUCCACGUCAGAGGAAAACAUGCAGAGCAUGAGCUCUCCGGGAGGCCGGGUCCUCUCCGAGGAGCAGUUCAGCUGCUCCAUCUGCCUGGAGGUGUUCGUGGAGCCUGUCUCCACCCCUUGCGGCCACAGCUUCUGCAAGGCCUGCCUGCAGGGCUACUGGAACCACAGCAAGAAGUUCUCCUGCCCCAUGUGCAAGAAAAGCUACCCCAAAAAGCCAGAGAUGAGCGUCAACAGGGUCCUGGCUGAAAUCUCCUCCCAGUUCCAGGGGCUGAUGAUGGCUGGAGGAGCAGGAGGGGCCGCGGGAGCCGGGGGAGCCGGGGGAACCGGGACAGCCUCUCGAGGAUCCACGCUGAAUCUGAGCUCAGAUUCAGGCCACGGGGGCUCUUCAGUGCUUGACACCGGGGAGUUCGCCCGAGCCGGGGAGGUCCCCUGUGAUGCCUGUAUUGGGAGGAAGUUAAAGGCGCUCAAGUCUUGUGUAAACUGCCCUGGAUCAUUCUGUGAGACCCACCUCAGACAUCAUAAAAAGGUAAAGUCUCUGACGUCUCAUCGUCUGAUCGAACCCACCUUCCACCUGGAGGAGAAGAUCUGUAAGAAACAUGAACGUCUUCUGGAGGUCUACUGCCGCACCGACCACACCUGCAUCUGCACGGCCUGCGCUGAAACGUCACACAAAUCCCAUGAAAUCGUCUCCGCUGACCACGAGUGGAAGAAGAAGAUGAGUAAUCUGGGAAAGAAGAGGUCAGAGCUGAAGCAUUUGAUCAAGGAAAGAGCCAAGAAACUGGAGGAAAUCAAACAAUCCAUCAAGGUCAUCAAGGCCAGUGCUCAGAAGGAGUUGGAGGAGAGCUGGCAGGUUUACGCCGAGCUGCAGCGCCUGGUGGAGCAGAGUCAGGCAGAGCUGGUGGAGCUGAUCGCCACACGCCAACGUGAGGCUGAGCGUCACGCUCAGGAGCUGGCCCGAGGUUUGGAGAAUGAACUGAGCCAGCUGAGGAGGAGGAGCAAUGAGCUGGAGGCCUAUGCACAGACCCAGGACAAAGUGGUCUUCCUGCAGAACCUGGUGACGCUGCAGCCCCCUCCUGAGCCCACUGAUUGGUCGGCGGUGAGCAUCAACACUGACCUUUAUCUGGGAACCAUCCGCUCCUCCGUCAGCAGCCUCAUGGACAAGUUCCAAGAGGAGCUUAAAAGAUUGUAUGGGAAAGAACUGCGGAAGGUGCAGAACUACUCAAGUGAGGUGAUUUUAGACCCUGGUACUGCCCAAAGGAACCUGGUUGUGUCCGACGACGGUCGCCAGGUGAGGUAUGAAGAACGCAAAUCCUCUCACUCCGAAGGCCCGAAACGCUUCAGCCCAGCCCUCUUUGUCCUGAGCAGAGAGGGUCUCAACUCUGGACGCCACUACUGGGAGGUGGACGUGGGGCGUAAGACAGCCUGGACGCUCGGCAUGACCCGUGCCUCGGCCCGCCGCAAAGGUGAGAUCAAGCUGAGUCCAGAGGGAGGAUACUGGUGCCUGUGGCUGAAGAACGGGGAGGUGAAGGCUCUGGCAUCGUCCCGUGUGCCUCUACCGCUGCCUUUCCAACCCCACAAAGUGGGAAUCUACCUGGAUUAUGAAGGAGGCCAGAUCUCCUUCUAUGACGUGAAGGCACGCCUGCAUCUCUACACCUUCAUAGACAACUUUAAUGAGAGUCUGUACCCUAUCUUCAGUCCUUGCCUCACCCAGGAUGGGAAGAACUCCUGUCCUCUCAUUAUAACCCCUGUUAAACACGCCUGACCUGACACCACACAUAUAGCUUUAGGUUAGAAAAGAAAAGGUUUGGUUGUAAAGUGCAGACAUUUUUAAAAAUUUUGAACAGGUGAUUUUGUCCUGUAGUUGGUGUUUCUAAAUGAAGCAACGUCAUGACGGUUUCCCUUGUUUUCAAAGCACUUUACUUCAAACAAAUUCCAAUCUCAUGAAAGCUAAAAAAGGAAACAAUUUUGCAUUUUAAAACGACACACUGCAAAAUUGAAACAGUCAGGUUAUGACAUUUUCUCAAUAAAAAAUCUGGUCCAAUAUAUAUCCUACUGUAUUGUGACUGUUUUAAAGCAAUAAAAAAGCAUGCAUUGUAUUACUAGUGUGUGUUUAGGUCAAUGGAAACCAAAAUGUAACAUUGAUGGUACUUUAUUGACUGACUACAUAUUACACUGACGUCAAUUUACAAUUUUGUUACUCAAAUGUCACAAGUAGCCAACUGUUUCUUCAUACUGUAAACUCUGAAAUUGUAUAUAAAAAAAACAAGACGUAGAUCAUAGUGCGAAAACAUGAGAAGGACUAGCGAGAAUUUCUACAAAGGUCAAGUUUUGAUCGGGGGUUCUCACUUUGUGCAGUUGGACAUGAUAAGGAGAUUUGUUAAUCUUGAGUGAUGCUACAGCUUUGGCACUUUUCCUUACAAUUUAAGUCUUUGUUUAACUGUAUCAAUAAGGCUUUGGAGACUUUACAGAUUAAAGCAAUGAAGUUAAUAUAUGCACAUUUAAUUUCUGGCAGUUUAGGCUUGUCUGGGGAGCCAAAAUGAAAGAUUUUUGUACGUACUGUAGUGUAGGACUAUGACAUUGUUUGAAACAGGCCUUUUUAAAAACAUAUCAUGGACACAGUAUUGUUUUAAGGACCAUGAAGCUAUGUGCUGUAUUUUUUAUAUGAAAUGAUUGCUUUUGUACCCUCUUUCUGAAUGUAUUCAAUAAACA